GUUUACCAAACAAUCAAUUUUUACAGAUUUUUUCAGUAUAAUCACAAAAAAAGAAAACAUUAGAGUAAAAUAAGCAAAUAUUUUUAAGAAAACGGUGCUUAGUUCAUAUUCUUAAGGAUAAUAAUUGUAAACAGCUAAUGUUAUUUAAUGUUAAUGUCAAAUAAUUAAGCGAAUAGUAAUCGUAAAUCAAGUAAAGAAAGGAAAACAACAGUCAGAAAAUCAUGGAGGACGAAAUUUUUGAUAUGGAACAGGUUUUAGGAAUGGAUGACUCAUUUUGUGUCAACGACAACGACGUGCUAAAAAUAUUGAAAACAUGGAGGUUAACAACUGAAAAUGAGGGGGCUGAAGAGCAACAACAGACAGCACAACAACAAUUAGUGUCAUCUUCAAAAUUCUUCGAUUCUCGAACAUUUACAAGACCAAAGAAGAAAUCGAUGCAGUAUCCAGACUACAAUUUUCCAACAGUAAAUAAUCAAGAUCCAUCACCAAAUCGUGCAUGUUUGAAUUUACAAAUCGGCGGUGUAUUAACAAAUCCUCUGAGCGUCAGUAUGAUGCAACGGAGCCUCAUAACAGAUGUAAGUCCUCCAAAUUCUCUCGCUUCCAGCCUCUCAUAUAACGAGUGUGGCAACAGUCUGAUUACAAGCGGAGAUUUUUCCAAUAUCGGAUGCUUUUUGAAUGCAAAUAAUGAAAAUGAAGAAAAUAUGUUUAUGCGUGGAAGUACAUCGUAUGGAAGUAGCAAUCGACGCACUUUGAGUUCUGUUACGGAAAACCUUUUGCUCGAAGAUAGCAAAGACAAUAGUAUACUAAAGACUGAUAUGCAUGGCAUUGAGGAUCGCUCUUCUGGCAAUUCGACUCUUCAAAAUUCGAUGGAGUUGAAUAACGAAACCUUCAAUAAAGAUGAUACAUUCAAGGUGCCAGUCAACUCGGGAAAUGCAACUUUUAAUACUUCAAAUGGUCCUGUUUUGAAUCAAACCUUUGAUCAAAUAGCUGGAAAUACGGAUGGAAACAAUACCUUUAUCAAAAAUAGCACUCAUACAGAAGAAAAUAGUCUUGAUAAGAUGAAUUCAACUGUUGUCUUGAAUAAUGAUUACAGCUCUCCUGUGCUUAAUAGAACAGUAACACAAAUUCCUGUCCAAUCUACUCCAAGUGUUCAUCAAAAUCGUAUGCAAAAAUUUGGAGGAUCAAUUGUCGUAGAGGACUUAUCGCCAAUUACAACACAUCCAACAAAUACAUUCACGAGACGCAAUAAGACUCGACUUACAGUAGAACAAGAUGAUGAUAACAAGAGGAUGUCGUUACAGAAUUUCGAGGAUGUUGAAAAAUCCAUAUAUUUACUUGAAAGUACGCAAGAUGAGGAAGGAUUUGAUGUUAUUUUGGAAGAUAUAACCGAUUUGAAGCGAUCAUUAGAUACAAAUGAGAAAUUCAAACAGAGUUUACAAAACAUAAAGAAUCGUCAUUCACAAGCUAAUCUCGAACGACAACAAGAAGAGCAAUUCCGAAAAAAAAUGGAUAGCACAAUGACAUUAGAUAACAAAUUAAUGGAUUCAAUGAGCAAAAGUCAUGCAUCAAUGAAUUCAUCUGGCGGAAGUGAAAGACUUUUGAAUCGUCGGAGUCGAUUAGAUGACGGCAUUGUCCUACCAAAGGAACAAGAACAGGAAAAUAAACCUACACUGGAUGUAGAAGCAGAGAGUAAUGGGAUUCAAACUAAUGGAGGCAAUCCCGAUCGUGCAAAAAAUCGUGAUAGAUUCAAAACAAUGCGAAUCACGAAAAAGCAUAUUGAAGGUAUGAUAGUAAUUGAUGGUGAACAACAAAAAAACAAUCUAAAUGAUAAAGAAAUUGAAUCUGAGGCAAAUGAACAAGAAAUCGUUGAUACAGAGGACAUCAACAUUGAUGAUGAUCCACUUUUUAAGAAACCCAUUAUUCCACAAAAGCCUGUGCCAUUUCGUGGUCGUUCCUUAUCUAAACCAAAAUAUUACAGUGGCCUUUCGAAUGAGAGAAAAGGAUCUCUACAACUGCAAUUGGUUGCAAAAGCCUCUUCUAUUGAUCAUCUCGACAGCAACCGAAUAAAUUCUUCUACGGAAAAUAUCAGCAAUACAACUGUUACAAUACCCAAAUCUGGAAUAGGAAUUUUGAAAUCUCCGAUGGGAGCCAAAUCUAAAUCAUAUCACAACUUAGUUUCAACGAACAAACCAUUAUCAUCUGCACCAAAAUAUGUUUCAAGAUAUGGACAAGCGGCGAUGAGAUCUACAGCAUCUGUUAAAACAGCAGCUUGUGAACCCUUAAAAAAAUCUGCUAAUGCCAACAGCAAUCAGUUGCCUGGCAAGCAAUUUGUUAAACAAGGUCCUGUUUCAAAUACGAGACAGUUGAAACCAUCAGCUUAUCGUGUCCCUGCUUCUGUGUCUAAUAACAACAAUUCUACAAAAGAAACAAGUCGCAUUUAUGGCUCUCAACAAGGAAUCAGUAAAAGUGGUUUUGUUCGCCCAUCUUCUGGAUAUCAAACAUACAACAAUGUCUUCAACAAUAACUUCAGAAACAAAAAUGACUCCGAUCCAGAAUCCGGAAGAUAUUCUCCGAAUAGUUUGUGUUCCUCUUCUGCAUCAUCACGUGGAAGUUUGCAUCAACAACAACAGGAAACGCACAAUAUAAUAAAUAGUUUCGAAGACAUUAGUGAAACAACUGUUACCCUCAAGAAAGAAUCGCUUCCAAGUCGAUUAGCACGUCCUUCUGGUUUGAAACAACCCACUGUUGUACGAAGUGGUUUGCCUCGUCCAACAACGUACACGAAACGCUAAGAAUAUUUUUGUAAAGAAACAUCUUCACGGGAAUUGCCUUUUAUAAAAACAUUGUUAAGCUACAAAACCCUGAAAGAGAAUCAACAUUCAUGAUAUUCAAAACUCUAUUAUCGUUUCUCCUUUUUUUUUUUCAACAAAAUAUUUGUUAAAAUUUAAUUUUAGUCUUUGAAAAAUUAUUUGUAAAUCACUAUAUGUAUACACUUUAAGAUGUGACCCAUCGUUCAGUAUCUAAAUAUUUAUUGCUAUAAGUAAACUUUUUUUUAUAUUACAUUUAAGGCUCAGUUUACAGUAGUGUCUUGUCUCUAUAUUAUUUCUUGUGAUAUGCUUCUUAUGAGAGACUUUUCUUACAUGUGUUUAUCCCUAAUAAAAAUCAACUUACAUUUAUAUACAUAUAAAUAUAUUGAAAAUUGA